AUGACGAUGGUUAUUGAAAAUCAGAACCGCCAGUACGGCGGCAUGAGCUUCGACAAUGUUUACCAUCACAAUCCACCACAAUUCACAGAUCCCUGGGCUACCGCGCAUACCACCUCUCACUCAACUCCCCCUAUCUACGCGACGUCCAUGGGAAACAGUGCCAGCAUCCCUAUCAACUCCGUCAAGUCCGAAGACGGCCGACCAUCCGCCAUUUCCAUGCCCUACCCCAACAUCCCUGUGUCGGCCCCGUCACUGGUACCCGGCAGCAACUACACAGCUACCGGCUACGCUCCAGAGGUGAUGGCUAUGCAACAUGAAGUCCCGCGCACUGGAUUUGAGCAGGCUCCAACCUACACCACAGCUCCACCUAUGAACAACUUUGCGCCCCAGAGCUAUGCGCCAGUCAGCUACGCCCCCAUUCACGCUUCCCAGUCCCAGGAUGUUCGUCGCAUGUCGCAUUCAGAUGCUCGUGUGGGCUCUUCUCAAGCCCCACCAGGUGCUCCCACUUUUGGAGACGCGCUCGACGCCAGCCGAGGAAUGGUGGCGCUCAGCCAGGACCUGACUCCUCGGAACAUUUACGGGCCUCGCGGUGCCCGUGGCUCUACUGAUUCCUACGGAUUCCCCUCAACACACUCCUCUGCUUCCUCCAUUUCUUCGGGUAGCAACUACCCCUACUACAGCGCCUCUGUGGGAUCCGUGGAUUCUUCUGUGACCGACUACAGCUCCAGCACCUCCGAGUCUUAUGAGUCGCGCACUCUUCCCCGGCCGACUAGUCUCUUGGCUGGUAGCGCGCCUGCCGGUCCUCAGUCCAUGAUGAGCCAGUUCAGCUCAAAAAUGCCCUCAAACACCCAAAAGAAGCACAAGUGCAAGGUCUGCGACAAGCGUUUCACCCGCCCGUCUUCUUUGCAGACACACAUGUACAGCCACACUGGCGAGAAGCCAUUUGCUUGUGAUGUGGCAGGCUGUGGACGACACUUCUCCGUUGUCUCAAAUCUGCGUCGCCAUAAGAAGGUGCACAAGGGUGAGAAAGACAGUGGUUCCCCUGAUGAAGACGAGUAA